GAAAGAUCUUGAAGAUGAAAGCAGGAGAUCCACUUGGUUUUACGUAUACCAGACGCAAUCCCUUGCAUUUCGCAAGAGGGGGAAGCAGGUGAAGUCCCACAUGUUGACUUCGUUCUCGAUCUCAAGAAUCUUUCUUUUCAGCUACCAGCAAGCAUGUCGCAGAGAUACUAUCAUGGAUAACAGUACAGCAUAGUCGUAAAAUAAUAGUCGACUUCCUUGCAUUUGCUCGUCCUAAGUCGAGACAAGCCAAUGUGAGAAGGUCGAUUUGGUUUCAGGCACAGCAGACACAAAACUGUUCCCAUGCGUCUCUCGAACCCCUUUCCACGCAUACAUAGCACCAGAUCACAUCCUGUCACUUGAGCGUCAUCUAUCGACGAUGAAUAGAUUCCUAAAUACUCCCAAGCUCAAAGCCCGCACCGUAUUAAAGUUGACAUCAAGAGAAAUUUUUGCCAGCAACUCCUCCAUCAUAAACCUGCACGGAGAUUUUGUACCACCCAUCUCCCACUUGCCAGCUGAAAUCCUACGCCACAUUUUCAUCCUGUGUCUCCCCCAAACCAGCCACUUCCUGCCCAAAUCGAACCAUGCUCCUAUGCUCCUCACCAGAGUAUGCCGACGAUGGAGAGACAUUGCCACGGACAUGCCCUCCUCGUGUUGAAGACUCUCCUUGGAACUCAACUGCGUCAACACCUCUUGCUAUGACUCGUGGCUCAAGCGAACGCGAGGUCGUCCCCUCUUAGAAACCACGUGCAACGAAAACGAGACCACCGACCUAAGAGCUAUUAUCCAGCCUUACAUUCACCAAAUCACCUUUCUCGACAUCACAUUCGUCAGUGCUGUCGCACCUGA